UGCGGCGCGACGAUGCAUGCUAAAGGAACUGCACGAAAGUCACCCCGGUAUCAGUGCCAUGAAGCGCACAGCGCGAGCGCUUUUUUGGUAUCCUGGACUAGAUAGGGACAUCGAAGUGUUGGUUAAAAGCUGCCCUCAGUGUAUACAAUGUUGGCCCAUGCCGGCUGCUGAAGUUCCGUCUCCAUGGCCGGCGAGCAACAAACCAUGGUACAGGUUGCAUAUGGACUUCGCGGGCCCCAUCAGUGGCUUCCAAGUUUUUGUGUUGGUGGAUGCCGAGACGAAGUGGAUUGAGGCCAUACCUUUGAAGACCGCCACAGCGGAGACGACCAUUCAAGUACUUCAAGGUAUUUUCGCACGUUUUGGCCUGCCCUACUGCUUAGUAUCUGAUAACGGACCACAGUUUUCAAGUGCCACUCUGUCCAGUUUCUUGAAGGAAAGUCAAGUGAAACACAUCAGAACAGCCCCGUACCAUCCUCAGUCAAAUGGGUUGGCGGAACGGGCUGUACGGACAGUGAAGGAAGGGCUUCGAAAGAAUCCGGCAGGUACAUUGCAGGAGCGACUAAUCAAGUUUUUAUUUCGUUAUAGAACGACACCAUUGGAAGGAGGAAAAUCGCCCGCCGAACUGCUGUUGGGCUUCCGUCCCCGAACCAGGCUGACAGCUUCACUGACAGACAAAAAGGUGACAGAAAAUGAUUGUUCCGGCGAGCCUGUUCUAGGAGCAGCAACAGCGCCAACACGGCAUCAACCUGGCAGGCAAGUAUGGUCACGCCAGUUUCAGUCUGCUCGGAAGUGGAUGCCGGCGACAGUAGUGUCCACGACGGGAGCACGCAUGGUUACAUUGGAAACACCGGAGGGACCGCAGCGGCGCCACGUAGACCAACUCCGGCCACGGCUCGGCACAGGGUCGUCACCUAGCAAGCCGAGCGAAGUCCAGACCGGCGACGAAGCUCAGUGUAGCGCCGAGCAGGCCGCAGCUCAUGAAGGUUCGGACGCACGGGUUGUCAGCUCUCAAGCCGAAGACCAACAGCCACCACGUCGUUCGACUCGCCUACGGAAGCCCCCAGAUCGUCUCACUUACUCCAGCUUAGGGGGAAGGGAUGUAGUGUUAUCAAGCACGCGUGAUGUAACGUUAUCAAGCCCGCGUGCUGAUGUAUAGCAUGAGCAAGACAGAUUACACGUGUCGCACUCUUGCUAUCAUGUCCAGUCAUGUGACCCUUUUCUGUUUUAUACGAAACUAGCAACACCAAGCAAUAAAGCGUUCUUUGAUCUGCCACUACCCGCCGGCUACGUUCGAUCACUUCACAAGUUACGGCAACUGUCAAUGCAAACAGGUGGGGCACUCUCCAAUCUGCUUGCGCUGCUGGUUGUCACUCGUUAAUAGACCACCAUAUGCGACGUAGGCAAGCACUGUGCCUGAAGUUGGAUAGCGGA